AUGGCGCCCGAUGCGCCCCCGAUCUUGCGGGCCGUGGCCACGUCCACGCGGCCCAUGUACCAGCUUCUGAGGUGCAUCAACUUCGCGCCAAGAGUCCACGUCCAAAUUACGGAGGAAGGCAUAAGAUUCGCGUCUGACCAUGCGCGCGUUAUGCAGGGUGUUGCCUUCCUUGACAAGGCUCUGUUCUCUGCGUACUCUGUCAACCUUCCCCCGGCCGAAGACGGGGAAGCGCCGGAGCUUCCCAACUUCCAAAUAUCUCUUGCAUCGUUUCUGGAGGUCCUCCAGAUCUUUGGGGCUGUCGAUGUGGCAACCCGCGCGCAAAAGGCCGAGGCAGACCCGUACCGGAGCAACCUACGCAACUACAAGCCUGACGCGUUUAGUAACCAGACUUUGGGCAUUUCUGGGACCUGCACCUUACUCUACGGCGAGGAGGGAGACCCUUUCAAAAUCACAAUCGAGGAGUCGGGCGUCAAGACCACGGCUGGUUUGAUGACUUACCUGCCUGAGGUGCCAGAAGAUAUCCCGUUUGACCGGACCGACCUCACGUUCAAGAUCAUUAUGCAGUCACGUACUCUUAAGACGGCGCCUUAUCUGUCUCUGGCCGGUACAAGCGAUCUCGGGAGCUCUGGGGUGGACUUUGCGCGAGGCAGGGACUUGCUCGAGACAUUCAACAUUGCCAGCCGAUGGUCGCAGACAUUCAAGUUUGACUUCAUCAAGAGCUCGACGGAGGCGAUGCGCAUAGCGAGCAAGGUCAGUCUACGGGGCGACGGGCAAGGGGUCUUGAGUCUGCAGUUCAUGGUCGAUAUGGAAGGAGGGAAGCGGAGCUUUUUGGACUUUCGAUUCGUGCCGUUCAUGAUGCACGAGGAGGAAGAGGGCGCGGAAGCUGAGGAGGAAGAGGAAUGA